AAGAUUUUCAUGAACAGUUGUAUUUCUUACGCACAUCCCUUAUUCUGCUGCGUGUGAAUGUAGUAAACAAGAUGAGUUGAAAGACACAAGUCGGUUGUUAAAAGACUGGGUUCACUAUCAAACUCUCCAGCAAAAGGCAGUAAGCGAACACACAUCAAAGCCAGGAGGCGGGGGUUUAGGGAACGGGAUCAACAAUCCAAUAGCGCGCGCUCGUGUACCUCUGCUCUGUCUCCAGACUCGAAUCAGUUAAAACUGCCUUGCAUGAAGAGCUUCUGAGACGCUCAGCUGUGCCGGAAUUUGCCUUGGACGGAUCUCUUUGUUUUUCAUGAGGAAUAUCCGGAACCUAUUGGCUCCAUAACUACAUAUGUAUCCUCAAUAACAUACGUUUCGGAAUUAUUUUAUUUGGGGAAACCAUGAAUCGUGAGUGGAGAAGAAGCGUUUUAAAUCUAGUCGGCGACUAUUCUCUCACCUCUCCUGUCCGCAAGAGCUUUGACUGAGCGGAUCAAGCUAAAAGCUUGAGCGAGUUAAUAAAAAAAAAAAACGGUGUAUUUAAGGUCACGAAAUUUGUACUUGUGGGAUUAGUCCACUUAAACGAAAAGGACUGGUUGUUCGUAUUAACCCUUUAACAAGACGAGCUUUCGUGCAACUCUUCAAGAGCUGUCCAGUUUGACUGUCCGACUGACCAGCACGGCUGUCCAGGAAAAUGGAGGCUGUUAGUAUUGAAAAAGAAUGCAGUGCGCUCGGGGGACUUUUCCAAACUGUCAUUGGUGAUAUGAAAAGCAGUUAUCCAAUCUGGGAAGACUUCAUCACCAAGGCUGGGAAACUGCAGUCUCAACUCAGGGCAACCGUUGUUGCGGCGGCAGCCUUCCUGGACGCCUUUCAGAAAGUGGCUGAUCUGGCCACCAGCACACGAGGUGGCACCAGGGACAUUGGAUCGGCUCUCACCAGGAUGUGCAUGAGACACCGCAGCAUCGAGGCCAAGCUGCGACAAUUUUCAAUGGCCUUCAUCGACUGCCUGAUCAACCCCCUCCAGGAGCAGAUGGAGGAAUGGAAGAGAGGGGUGAAUACUUUGGACAAGGACCACGCCAAAGAGCACAAGAAAGCUCGGAGCGAAAUCAAGAAGAGGUCUUUAGACACGCUCAAGCUGCAGAAGAAGGCAAAGAAAGCUGAUGCCCUGGGUCGAGGAGACGUCCAGCCACAGCUCCACAACGCCAUGCAGGAUGUCAGCGAUAAGUACCUGCUCCUGGAGGAGACGGAGAAGCAGGCUGUCAGGAAGGCCCUCAUCGAGGAGAGGAGCCGAUUCUGUGCCUUCGUCUCCAUGCUACGGCCAGUUGUGGACGAGGAGAUUUCCAUGCUAGGGGAGGUCACUCACCUCCAGACCAUCUCUGAUGACCUCAAGGUGUUGACCUUGGACCCCCACAAGCUGCCCCCCACCAGCGAACAGGUCAUUCUGGAUCUCAAGGGUUCUGACUGUAAUUGGUCCUUCCAGACUCCUCCUUCCUCACCCAGCACAAUGUCCAGGAAGUCCAGUAUGUGCAGCAGCCUGAACAGUGUGAAUAGCAGUGACUCUCGCUCCAGUGAUACGCCCCACUCUCACCCCCCGUCUCCCUGCUACCGCUACCGCAGCUCCACGCUGCCCCAGCAGGCUCCGGCCCGCCUCUCCUCGGUCUCCUCCCACGACUCGGGGUUCAUCUCUCAGCUGGACGCCUACACCUCCAAGUCACCGUCACCCAUGCCCCAGGAGACGCUACCACAGCCCUGUUCCAGCUCUGGCUCCUCUGAGACCUCCGAAACCUGCCAGUCUGUCAGCGGGGGUAGUUCCCCGACCUCCUCGGGCUCCGGAGGGCCUCUGGCCUCAGCUGACAAGUUGUCCAAUGGUUAUGACCACAACGGGGGCCAUCACUCAAAGUUUCAGUACCUGACAGGGGGGGCUUCCGGCCCGGGGGUGUCCUAUCCCUUCUUCCCCCACACCUCCAUCACCUCCUCUUCCUGUCCCACCCGCUCGUGGUCCCAGCCAGGCUCCAGCCUGCUGCCUGCCUAUCCUCAUUACUGCACCCUGGGGUCAAACAUGGUCCCCUCCUCCAAAGUCCCCAGCUGGAAGGACUGGGCCAAACCUGGGCCCUACGAUCAGCCCAUGGUUAACACGUUGAGACGAAGAAAGGACAAAGAGCCGGCGGCACCGGCGGACUUUAGCUCUGGACCGGCACCAGCCAGAGUGAACCCGGUCCCGGCGGACUGCAGCUCCGGACCGGCCAGACUCAACUCGGCACCGGACAACAACUUUAUUCAUCCGCUAUCUCCACCAACCAAGGUGGGGGUGGUGGAAGUCCGUGAGGAUCUGGCUCUGGCCCUGACCCAGGGGCUCCAGCAGGGCGCUCAGCGCUCCAGCCGGGACUCGCUCCAGUGCUCCAGUGGAUAUAGCACCCAGAGCACGACUCCGUGCUGCUCCGAGGACACCAUACCGUCACAAGUGUCAGACUAUGACUACUUCUCCAUGGGAGGGGACCAGGAGGUUGACCAGCAGGAGUUUGACAAGUCCUCCACCAUCCCGCGGAACAGUGACAUCAGCCAGUCCUACCGCCGGAUGUUCCAGUCCAAAAGACCCGCGUCCACCGCCGGCCUACCCUCCACUGCCGGCCCGGUCAUCACGAGCCCCGGCGUCGCCACCAUCCGCCGCACGCCCUCCACCAAGCCCUCCGCCCGCCGCGGGGCCACCGGCCCCAUCCCCAUCCGAACCCCCGUGAUCCCCGUCCAGAUGCCCGCCGUGCCCGGCCCAGCGGGGGGCGUGCGGGUAGCGUUCCCCGGUGGCCUGGAGCUGGGAGCGGAGGAGCCAGAGGAGGACCGGAGCCCGGACUCUGCCCAGGGCGACCUGGGCAUGCUUCCCUUGGCAUCGUGGCGCGGCCAGGCCUCCACCAACCCUCCCCCAGCGCAGCUAAGCCCCCACCAACCGGGGGUCCAGGAGCAGGACGAGCCGGGACCCCUGGAGGUCGGGGAGGUUGGGGGCACGGUGGACGGUCAGGGGGAGAACAUGCUACUGGCUAUCCAGAGAGGAGUCAAGCUGAGGAGGACCAAUACCAAUGAUCGCUCAGCACCGCGCAUUGCCUAAGAGAGCCGGUGUGUGGAAUCAUUGGAGGGUAGCCUGGCUUCCUUGUUCCUGCCCAGCCAAUCAGAGGACAGUGGUCCAACCCGUCAAGCAUUGCUGUGGGCCUCUUAGAAAGUACUUACCGGGUCCAUUGGAAGUAACGUGUGACAAAUGGGGGUCGCUUGGACGGUGGAAGCAGAACAGAGUUGUUGUUCCCCGGGAUUUAAAGCAAACUGUUAUGUUAAAUCCUCCUAUAGCUUUGAAUAUUGUACAAUACGUCCCAUUAUAAUUUGUACUCUGUUCUGUACCUCUUCUGUCAUGUCAUUAAUGUCUCCAGCCCUGCCUUCUUAUCCUCACUGUCAUCAAAUCAGCUGACUACUUAUGAAACUGUUGAAAGGUUUUCCUUUCACAUUUGCUUUGAAGAUUUUGUCUCCUUUGACUGUCAAGCCGCCCCCCCCAUUGUUUGGCAUUCAAAGUGUUUUCAUGUUUCACUGGGACAUUAAUACACAAUAGCUAUUGUAGCACAGUUAAUGUUUAUGAUCAGCACAACUGUUUUUAAUAGCUUUUAUUAACCUGUUAAGCAAUAAUCUCUGAGUACCUAUUUUUUCACUAUGCUAAAAUGUAAAUGUGUGCCACGACGAAAGCAAUUAGCAGUCGCUGUUGUGUUUAUUACGGUCAACAAAUAUACCUGGUUGACAUGGGAGAUGA